CAAAGUUUUAUUAUAACUAUUAAUAUCUCAAAUUAUUAGAUAUAGAUAUAUACAAAUGCAAUACACGGAUAUGGAGCAUUCUGCUUCAUGGAUCCAAACCCUAUCAUUCUCCUUCCUAUUAAUUGCUUCCAUUCAUCUUUUCCACGCCCUGAUCAUAUCCCCAAAACUCACACUCAAUCACCAACAUGUCAGAGUCAAGAAGCUACCGCCGCUUCCCCUGCGAUUCAACUCUGAUGGGAAUUUCAAAAUCCUUCAGGUAGCUGACAUGCAUUUUGGGAAUGGUAUGGGAACUCGAUGCAGAGAUGUCCUGGAUAGUGAAUUCGAUUACUGCUCCGAUCUCAACACCACUCAGUUCCUUGAAAAGAUGAUUCAACUCGAGAGGCCUGAUUUCGUUGUUUUUACUGGUAUUCCGUAUUCGUAUUCUAUUGUUUACACAGUCAUAUAAGGUUCAUACAAUUAUGCAUAACUGAUUUGUGAAUUAGAGAGCAUCUUUUCACUUUCAUCAAUUAAGGAAUCUUUAUGUCUUUUAUCCUAGCGUUUGACCACCUGUGGGGGAAGGGCCUGGAACAUCUUACCUGUCGUUUAUUGUAAAAACAGUAAGAAAUACAAAAAUGAGGUCUGGGGGGGUGGGGGAGGACCAUAUCCCUUCAGAUUAAGAUAUCUAAAAUAUCAUAAUGUUAGCAAUGGGUAGCAUCGAUGUAAUUGUGCCUUAAGAAAGAAUCUUAGGUCAGUCGUGGACGAGAUAAUUAAGGAAAAGAGGUGGUACUCUGGGGAAAUUAGAGAGAGCUAGGUGCAGAAAAUGUCUGUUACUCGUAUGUAUUAUCAAUUUGCUAUUGCCUUUGUGGAAUUCCAAUUUGUUAUCAUUAUAUGGCAUCCAACUACUUCAUGACUUCUUGCAAGAAAGACAGCAAACGUUGAGAAUUCCAAUACUGUCCUGGAAAACACCAACUUCCUGCACCCAGAAAGAAUCAGAGUUCUUUGAUUUCCAGCACUUAAAAGGCAUUCUAAGUACAACAAUCUUGUCUUGAAACUUUGAAAGAGACUGUACUUAAUAUCUCUUUCACUUUUAUGUACUCGUUAUUUCUUUAUUUUUGUUGUUGCUAGGAGAUACCAUAAGUGAUCUUUUAGGUAGCGGAUGCUAAUAGUAGGCACUUAGCAGAUGCGAAUGGUUUUUCAUUAAAUUAAACUAAUUUGUUCAUAGCUUUGGUAGAUCAUAUUGGAUGUAAAGAUGAACGAUGUCAUAAUGGCAUUUCUGUCGGUUGUCUAAUAAUUUAUAACAUAAUGACUUUCUCAAUAUAGGACCAUAUGUUUUUAUUUCCCAAUGUAGGACCAUUGGUCAUUAUCUAUUAGUCAUUAUUCAACUAAAUGUCCAGCACCACUUGGACAUUAUUCUUCUCACUAGUCAUUAUUAAGUCCUAUUUAGGGAAUAAAAAAGUUUAAGUCCUACAUUGGAAAAUGACUUGUGUUUUAGUCCUAUUCAGUGCAAAUUUCACUAAUUUAUAAUUAUAUCACAUGACAUGUAGAUUAUGUUUAGGGAUCACAAUUUUGAAAAUAUGAAAGUCAACGAGAUGUAAUUUGAGCACAUGCAGUUGUUUCUUGAAGAAAAUGUUGGCAAGCAAACUAUACUUAUCUUACUUACUGAUGUUUUCCCUCCACCACUAGAAAUUUGGUACUUUGUACUCUGGUAUUUUUUCCAUUCAGUUUGAUAUAACAAGUACUUUUCAUAAGUUCAUAUUUUUAAUAAUGGGUUUCCUUCACUUCGUUUUAUCACUGGGUUCAAGUCAACAAUAUAGUUUGUAUUUACAUCGCGUGUUAUGUUGCUUCUUCUAAGCUUCUUUUUAGUAUUUACUAAACUGGCCAUUCUCUU